AUGUUUGCGCGCAGCCGGCCCCAGCUGGCGGCACGUGUACCUCUCCACGCGAUCCGAUCUCGACUCUUUGUCCAGACAGUCUGCUCAACAUCAUCUGCCGAAAAGCUGCCGUCGACGUCCAUACGCGUCCUACGAACAAACGAUGCGGUCCGACGAUGGCGCAAGCCGCACACGCUGAGCCAGCACAGCGUCGGGCUAGUGCCCACCAUGGGUGCCCUGCACGAGGGCCACCUUGCGCUCAUUCGCGCCGCAGCCAGGGAGAACCACCAUGUCGUGGUGAGCAUCUACGUGAAUCCGGCCCAAUUCGGCAUCAAGGAGGACCUGAGCUCCUACCCGGUGACCUGGGAGACGGACACGGCGGCGCUGGCCAAGCUCGACCGGGAGCUGGCCGACGACGGCGCCAACCUCGGCCGCAUAUCUGCCGUGUUCGCGCCCACCACCAGCGAGAUCUACCCGUCGGGCUUUCCCGGCCAGGAGGUUGACAGCAAGGGCAGCUUCGUCACCAUCACGCCCGUCAGCGAGGUCCUCGAGGGCGCGAGCCGGCCGACCUUUUUCCGCGGCGUGGCCACGGUCUGCAUGAAGCUCUUCAACAUUGUGCAGCCGGAGCGUGUCUACUUUGGCCAAAAGGACGUCCAGCAGACCGUCGUCAUCAAGAGCAUGACGCGCGACUUCAUCCUGCCGACCGAGGUCGUCGUCUGCCCCACGGAGCGCGAGCGCGACGGCCUGGCGCUGAGCUCGCGCAACGUCUACCUCGGCACCCGGCGGCGCAGGGUCGGCAUCGUGCUGAACCGCGCGCUGGUCGCCGCCGCCAACUCGUACGGCGGCGGCAACCUCGACCGCAAGUCGGUCCUGGGCACCGCGCACGAAGUGGUUGCGGCCGUGGUCCAGGCGCAGUCUAGACUGCCUCCGACCCAGCGUGUGCUGUUCGAGGUCGACUACAUCUCUCUGGCGGAACCCGAUACGCUGCAAGAAGUCGACGUGAUUGAUCCUGAACGUGGAGCGGUGUUGAGCGGCGCCAUUAAGAUGCUUCCGCUAGAAGAGGCACUCCCCGGAGAGGAUGUUGGGCAUGCCGGAGGGCCGGCUGUGAGAUUAAUAGACAAUCUCAUCCUGAAGCCUGCAAAAGCAUAG